AUGGCCUUGUCGCUGCUCAGAGUGGUGAGAUUUAUGCUGGGCCCUCCAGGGGUCCCUCUUUGGAUUGUACUAGCCUUCGAUACCAUCAUGCUGAUGCUGGUGUCGUGUGUCAUCCUUUUGGUGCUCCCAAAGAAAAUGCUAUCCAAGUCAAAGCUAGUGCGAAGUGCCCGCAAUAGGCUAGUUCGCUGGCUUCACAGGAUGGUGGAGCCACUGCCUUCAAUGCUGUUGGUCGUGGGGACUGUUUGGCUCGGAAGGAAGUUUGGAGGAGGUAGGCUGUCCAAUGUCCCCAAAGCACCUCACGGCGUUGCAGCAAAAGCAGAAAGUAUGAAUGAUGUUUGUAUCAAGUUCUCUCCCACCAAAGGGUGGAACCUGUUCCACGAGGAAAACUUUGUGGUCUCCUUUGCACGGGAUGGUUGCGAUCUUUGGCAAGAGCAGUCGUUCAACAAGGACAAUGACUGUGAAGACCUCAGUGGCAGCCUGAAAAAGGGCGACCGCUUCAAGGUGGUUAUUGCAGAAUUGCCAGCGUUUACCCGGGUCAAGUUUCGGGUGUGUGCAAUCUCAUACUGGGGCCGUGGUCCUUGGAGCAAGGAGGUGACCAUCACAACGAUGGCAAAGCCCUCCAAGGAUUUGGGCUUCACAGGAUCGCUGGGCCCAGCCUGGGAGAAGACAGGAAGUGGCAAGAAGGAGUACAUUUGGCUACAGACCAGGAACGAGGUGCAUGUCAGGAUACCUAUCGGCCCUGAAGUUCGUGGUAAAGACAUCAAGUUCAGAGCCCAGCCACACAGGCUUCAGGUCGACCUAGCAGUCGGUACGGAAGCUUUAGAGCUGCUUCACGGAAGCCUGGCAAAUCGCAUUGACUCUGAUGAUGCCACCUGGUACAUUGACGAGUCCAAAGACGAGGGAAGGUUUAUCCAAAUCACCAUCUUCAAGAUCGAAGCCUUGGCCAGGUGGACGCGUGUUUUUGAGGGUGACGACCACCCGGAGAUCGACCCUCGCUGCGUGCAAUGGUUUGUAGAUCCUUUGAAUCCAGGAACUUUGGGUGACCUAGAUGAGUCCGGCACCAAGAUAAUUAGUUUUUGA